UAACAUUGCCGUCACAUACAAACAAAUUAACAACAAACAUACACGAGAGAGACAAACAGGGGGAGAUUGAGAGAGAGAGAGAGAGAGAGAGAACUUCUAUGGCAGCGAGAGCGGUAAUACUGUCAAUUUUAGUCAUAACCAUAGCUGCAUCUCUCUCAUGGGUAUCAUCAUCUUCGCCUGAAUCUGCUUCUGCCUUUGUCAAGAAGACCAUCUCUUCCCACAAGAUCGUCGUCUUUUCCAAGUCCUAUUGCCCGUACUGUAGAAGGGCAAAAAAUGUUUUCAAACAGUUAAGCCAAGUACCACAUGUUGUUGAACUUGAUGAGAGAGAUGAUGGCUCAGACAUUCAGGAUGCCAUAAGUGAGAUUGUUGGGAGGCGUACUGUACCCCAGGUGUUCAUAAAUGGAAAGCACAUUGGAGGCUCAGAUGAUACUGUUGAAGCAUAUGAAAGUGGAGAACUGGCUAAGCUUCUCGGCAUUGCUAUGACGGAUGAAGAUGAACUCUGAACCAAGUCGCAGAUAAUAAGAGACGGACCAGUCAUCGCAGAGUAAAUCCAGAUGUAGUGCUUAUGUUGUAUUUCUUUGCAUGAGGGGUACGGUAAUGACUCAAAAUUUCCUUUUUCAUCAUAUGCUAGUAAUUAAAGCCAGAUUGCUCGGUGAGAGAAUGCUAUUCUGAUCAUUUUGCUUUCAUCUAUCAAACUCUGGGAGAAUUGGAGUCAAGUAGCUGAUAAUAGUAGGGAAUGAUGGUUGUAUUUUAA